GCUUCGACUACUACGAGCACUACGACUCAGGCUUCGACUACUACGAGCACCACGACUCAGGCUUCGACUACUACGAGCACUACGACUCAGGCUUCGACUACUACGAGUACUACGACUCAGGUUUCGACUACUACGAGCACUACGACUCAGGCUUCGGCUACUACGAGCACUCAGGCUUCGACUACUACGAGCACUACGACUCAGGCUUCGACUACUACGAGCACCACGACUAA